AUGAAUUCAUAUAUCCUCAAUAGAUCUCAAGGAUCUAUCCACCCUUUUCAAUUCCACUUUGCGCAAAGCACUCGUCUUGUCCAUGGCCUCGCCGCUGCUCCAGGCAUCCGCUUCUCCGCAGUCAAGCAGCAUGAAUCCCAGCCGGGAGCUGCUGAUAUAGCCGAAGGGAUCCCCGAUAUACUCCAUUCAGAUCUUGAUUUUGACGAUAUAUGGGCACAUAAAGCCGGAGUUAAUGUUUUGGCAAUAGAUCAAUAUGAAAAGCGGUAUAUGAUUUCGGGCGGCGCAGAUACCUCUAUUCAUUUAUGGGAUUUAGAAGGUCGAGGCACGGAACUUAAUUACCUUCAUCAACCGGUUGCUUCUGUCUCAAAACAAACAAAUACAUCAACUCAUACCCAUGCACUGACGUCCCUCUCGAUAUACCCAUUUGAUCCUACGCCAUCAACCAUCCUGAGUACUUCACAUGACGCUACGUUGAAACUAUCCAGUCUCGGGGAGUCGGAUAUCGUUCCGGUUCAUACAUUUAAUCUUCAUUCAACACCGUAUUCUCAUUCGUUGUCAGCACACCAGGCAUCUCACUUACUUAUUGCGGUUGGUACGUCAGAGAAUGCUAUACGGCUAUUAGAUCUUCGUUCAGGACUAUCAACCCACGCCCUCCCAGCACAUACUGGGGCUGUUAUUUCCGUUCAAUGGGCACCGCAUAACCCUCAUUUAAUUGCCUCAGGCUCGAAAGACAACCGAGUCAUCAUUUUUGAUGUCAGAAGGGGCGGCCGUAAUUCGGCAAUAGCUUCCUUUAAUAUGGACGACUCGACGGGUAUACUGUCGCUUGAAAGACCCGCUAGCCAGCAAACCAGUCAGAGUGGAAAACUACUCAGUUCUAGCUCCCGCGCCCAUAAUGGUACAGUAACCGGGGUUCGAUGGACAUCAAAUGGCAGUCAUUUAUUAAGUGCAGGUCAAGAUUCACGCAUUCGCGUUUGGGACGCUUCCACUGGUGCGAACACCCUCAUCCAUUUUGGGCCUCGCAUAAGGAAUAGUGCCUCGUUGCAUCUUGCUGAACGAGCCCCUCUUGUUCUGCCUGAAAAUAACAGUGUGGUGACCCUCUCACUAGAUCACGGAACGGUGCUCUGGCCAAAUUAUAAUGACCAAGAUGACAGAGGCGAAAUUUUCAUGUUUGAAAUUCACGAUGGCACCCAAAUCAAACACCUACGUGUACCAGGAUUGAUAUCCAGAGAAAAACUACGUGGAAGACCAACUGCUCUGAGUGCUGCGAGAAUCAACGCCCUCGCUUGGCGGGGUAACGGAGCGUCUGGUGAAGGGAUGGAGAUGUUUUCGGCUCACGGAGAUGGUACAAUCAGAUCAUGGACCUCUCGAACAGAAGAAGACGAAGAGUUUGAAGCAGAGGCUGUACAGAAGGAACAAGAAGAGAAGAAGAGAAAAAGGGAUAUACUUGAUGAAGUAUACCGUGGUCUUAUGCGACCGGGUGUCACCUUCACCUAA